AAUCACACAAAGAAUAUAUUUCGCGACGAAACAGCGCCCUACAGGAAGAAAGUGCCCGCACGGGGAGCGCGAUCAGGAGCGCGACUUUUUGGCGCUCUUUGGGAGCAGCGAGAAGGGAGGCUGAGGACAGAGAGUCCCGGGGUGGGCACGGGAGCUGGGGCAGCAAGCGUCCGAAUUCCCGCGCGUUCCGCAGCGGCAAGCCGGGACUGGGAGCCGCGCGCCGAGCCAGGAACCUCGCUUUAAAAUGGCGGCAUUCAGUAUGCACCACUGCUAAAGGCUCUCCCGGCACCGGGGCCACCUCGCGCAGCGCUGCUUUUGCUUCUGCCGCUAACAGAUGGCAUUUGCCACUGUCGCUGCUUCUGCCCCUACCGCUGCCACUGAGAGCAAGGGCCCCUUAGCGUCUGGGUUUGCACUAGCUGCAUAAGGUUUGGAAAAGUGCCUUUUCUGAAAAUUCUGCUGCUUGGAUUCUACUCUAGAGCUGUCUCUUUAUUAACCCCUCUCCCUACCAUACCUUUCCUGGUUCCCUGUCCGCCUUCCGCACAGAACCUGGUGUGCUUGUAGUUCACUGUCAGCAACUUGUCCAUUUCUGUUUUUCUGUGAUUCUCAAUUUACUUAGUGAUUUUUCCCUCCCCUUGAUUUUUGCAACAAAACUGUUUUUGGGCUGUGACACUCUCCCCAGUCUUAUUCUUUAAAGCUAAGAAAUAGGGAGGAAAAGUUCUCUCUCCCUAAUCUGACAUCAUUCUGCAAAUUGAAGGGCAGCCAGCAGCAUAUGCUUUCUGUAAGAAUAAUUGAAAACAUCAACUGGAGAGCACAGAAUUCUUUUGAAAGUGUGCCAAUUAUUUGAAGUAAAUUCAGCAAAGGAACCAAAUAAAACAUUCAGUGUCUUAACCUUAACAGUUGCCUUCUUAGGAGUUGGUCUCUAAUUUGACUCUUAGUUAUUCUGAUACAACUUGUAUUUUAUAAUUGGCUUUUUGUUUGACUAGACCGGAUUUGACUUAAGUGAAAACCUAAGUGCUCACAAUUAGGCAUCUCACCAAAGCAGCCUGUUAUCUCUUCAUAGUUAGCUUGCAUUCAUCUUUAAUCCUUUAAUAAUCUGCAGUAACGUUGUCCUAAAGAGGGUGCACUUGAUUUUCAAUUUUUUUUCAAUAUGACGGCUGUCAAUGUUGCCCUGAUUCGUGAUACCAAGUGGCUGACCUUAGAAGUCUGUAGAGAAUUUCAGAGAGGGACUUGCUCUCGAGCUGAUACAGAUUGCAAGUUUGCCCAUCCGCCAAGAGUUUGCCAUGUGGAAAAUGGUCGUGUGGUGGCCUGUUUUGAUUCUUUAAAGGGUCGGUGUACUCGAGAGAACUGCAAGUACCUGCACCCCCCUCCACACCUAAAAACGCAGCUGGAGAUUAAUGGACGUAACAAUCUGAUUCAACAGAAGACUGCCGCAGCCAUGUUCGCCCAGCAGAUGCAGCUUAUGCUCCAGAACGCCCAGAUGCCAUCACUGAAUUCUUUUCCAAUGAAUCCGCAACUUGCAGCUAAUCCUACCAUGGCUUUCAAUCCUUAUUUACCUCAUCCUGGGAUGGGCAUGGUUCCUGCCGAACUUUUACCAAAUACACCUGUUUUGAUCUCUGGAAAUCCACCUCUUGCAAUGCCAGGAGCUGUUGGUCCAAAACCAAUGCGUUCUGACAAACUGGAGGUGUGCCGAGAAUUUCAGCGUGGAAAUUGUACCCGUGGGGAGAAUGAUUGCCGCUAUGCUCACCCUACAGAUGUGUCCAUGAUUGAAGUGAGUGAUAAUACUGUGACAAUCUGCAUGGAUUAUAUCAAAGGGCGAUGCUCCCGCGAGAAAUGCAAGUACUUCCAUCCUCCUCCACACUUGCAGGCCAAGCUCAGGGCAGCUCAUCACCAGAUGAACCAUUCAGCUGCAAGUGCUAUGGCCCUUCAGCCUGGUGCAAUUCAACUGAUACCAAAGAGAUUGGCACUUGAGAAGACCAAUGGUGCCACUCCAGUCUUCAAUCCAAGUGUUUACCACUGCCAGCAGGCUGUGGGUAACCUGCAGCUCCCGCAGCAGGCAUAUAUCCCUGCAGGGCCAAUACUGUGCAUGGCACCCACUUCAAAUAUUGUGCCCAUGAUGCACGGUGCUACACCUACCACUGUGUCUGCAGCAACAGCACCUGCCACCAGCGUUCCCUUCGCUGCAGCACCUACAGGCAAUCAGAUACCCCAAUUAUCAAUAGAUGAACUGAAUAGCAGCAUGUUUGUUUCACAGAUGUAGAAGUUACCAGUAGAACAUUGAAAUUCUGAACAGCAGAGUUAUGGAGUAUCGGAAUCUCUCCAUGAGAACCUCCAUAUGGCCUUUCUAUAUAUGCUCUCAAAUGUCCUCUUCUACCAACACAACUAUAAGCAUGGUGCAGUCGAUAUAUUAAGCAAAGCAAACAUACCAGCCAACAAAUUCACUAAAAUAAAGCAUUAAAAAAUCAAUGGGGAUGUUAAAAACAAGAGUAGAAAACUAAUAACUACCAUCUGUCUUAUUUGAAUUAUCAGGUAGAACAUGACCAUGGAAUUUUGUAACUUGCUAUGUUAUUCUUUGCGACUUUCCAAUAACCUUUAUGCUAAGUGAAUUUCUACAGUGAACUGUAUGCUUACUGUACAUUCUUGGUGGAUAAAUGUUCCUCUGUUUUUGAAGUGUUACCUUAUUGUUUUGUUUACAUGAUCAUCUAUUGGGUUGAUUUAGGAUUUAACAAAUAUAAACAGCAUCAUUUUCCUCAUUGUUGUAUUGUGUGGUGUUAGGUUUUUUACCUACUGUAGUGUUUUGUAUGUGUGGUGUUUCAUUUCAACUACAAUGUUAUUAGUGGGGGAGAGACAUAUAUGUGGUUGAAAAAUAUGACAGUGAAUUCAUGUGAAUAUGCUCUCUCUUCAGAAUAUAACUAGUCCAUAAACAUGCAUGUGGGUAAUUUGCUCCUGCAGAUCUGACCUUGCAUAAUGCAAUCAAAUUGCUGAAUUUUUUUGAGAAAGAAAUAAUUACUUCUUAAUAAUUAACCCCUAGUUCACUCCUCUUGAAUAGUGUGAACAACAAGAAUUUACCUUUUAAUGACUUUCUCAGCAUUUAAAUUUAAAAUUUAAAUUGAAAAAUUAUGUAAAGUUACCAUUUUUAUGGCUCAAGAAUCUUCUAGGUUGAAUGUCUAAAACUGAGCCAUUUGUCAUCUUCAGCUGAGAAACUGGUACUUGGGGGCUUAAAGGUAUGAAAAUUACAGGUUAUAAGUCAAACACAGGGAGAAGGGUGUGGAGAUGGUUUUAACAUACUGGAAAGAAGUAUGUAAAACCAUCGCAGGGUAACCUUUUAUGCUAGUGCCAUUUUCCCAAUGCAAAUGACUCCUGCUCUGUUUAGACCACUCUUUAAAUAAUAAGACACAAUCUAGCAAAAGUCAGUAAUGGUGAAAGCAAAUUGGUUCCAAAUAAGGCCUUUCCUCCUCAAAUGGACAAUCUUCUCUAUUGAUCACAGAGGAAGCCUGAGUACAAAUUUGGAGAAAUGGCAGGAACAGAAGGCAGGGUGGCAUUGGGCAUCUUUCUUUGAUUUGUUCCAAAGAACUAGGAAAGAUGGCCUCAGCUGUCUUCAGCAUCAGUUUGAGUUUCCCGUUUUGUUGUAAGCCCCCAUGAUACAUGAUGAGCACCAUUAUCCCUAGUCUCUUGCAUUACAGCCAAGCCUGUUGGUUUGAAUUUGUUUGCCUUUAUGUAAUAGAGAGGUUUUUAGUGCCCUUUGGAUGACAUAGAAUGGCAAUACUCCACAGACUUGAGAUGAAUUCAAACUACUAAUACUUGGGAAAUAAUUUUGCAACCAAGUAAUAUUGUAACUCAUUGUUUCCUGUGGUAUGUGGCAAACCUCUUCCACUCUACCCAGCUACUUACUAACAUUACUACUAUAGAGUCAUGGGAACAUGAUUAUUUUAGAUCAGCUUAGAUAGAUUUUAUGCACCCAUGAGAAUGUAUAAAAACAUCAGAUUUUAUAUAUUGUAUUUUUGGUGCCACAAUUUUCUACAUUGUUGGCAUUUUAAAAGUUGCUUUGUAAAUUAAAGAGAAGAAAAACCUCAAAGCCCUCAGGUUUUGAUCAAAUUCAACAGUUUUGAGAAAAACACAAUUUUAAAAUGAACUUGUUGUUUUCUUCCUUCAUGAAAAUGACAAGCAAAGAGAAAACCUGAUUUAGCAUACCUUAAACCAGCCAGCAGUGUUUUGAAAUGACAAAAGAAUGGAGUUGGCUGAGAUCUUUUCACAACUGAUGGAAUUGAGGUCCAGGGCCUGUGACUUGCCCAAGGCUGUGUAGCCAUCAUGGAACCCGGAACUGUCAAUCCUGACUCCCAAAUCGUUCCUCCUUUCCACCUUGUGUCUGAUUUAGAACAUGUGAAACUUUAACCCAAAGCAGAUUAGUUUGGUUCAAAACACAUAAGAGCAAAAUUCUCUCUCUGGUAGUUGAUAUCCUCCUGAUCACAAUUGGCAAUCUGAAUCUCAAUAAACGGUAGUUAGCUUGUCUAGAUGUAUAUUCCUUAGUGGAGAUAGGAACGUAUUUUGGGCAAAAUGGAUUUUGUGUACUUUGACAUUUUGAUGCAACAUACUAUCUCAUUUAACUUUUUAAACAUAGACAAUAAACCCAGAGUUCAACUGUUUUCAUGUUGCUUGAAGCACUGUAAAAUGAUAAUGACUUAUUUUUAGUAAAAGUUUCAGUGAAAGAUGUUCAGGGUUUGUAUUUUUGGUGCCACAAUUUUCUGUAUUGUCGGCAUUUAAAGAGUUGUUUUGUAAAUGAAUUUAAAGGAACAACAUUCAAAGCCCUAAAGUUUUAAUCUAAUUCAACAGAUUAAAAAUGCAAUUUUAAGAUAGCACUCUUUUAAUUACUUGUGCAAUGACUUAUUCAUAUUAUCUUUGUUCAAGAAAAGAGAAAAAUAAGUCAUUAGACUAUAAAUUCCCAGUUAAAAAGACAAGUCACAAAACUAAUCAGUGACUCUAAACAAAAAUUUACUAGAUGACUUGUAUAUAUAAAAUUCUAACCACUUGUGAUUCCUAGUUAACAUUUUAUAAGCUUUGUAUUUUACAAGGGGCUCUAUUUUUAUUUAUCCAAAACUAUUGUUUUUGGCCAUUUCUCUCAGUCUUUUGCAAAGUAUGCAAGAGCACUGAAAUGUGGAUAAAACGGGUCAGGUAUACAGAGAAAAUAAUCUAAAAAUUAUCUUUUAAGAAGGUUUUAGUAGUAUCAAUUAAUAAAAGAAUACUAUGUGACCAUAAGUAUAUUUUAAAGAGGGAUUAAGAUUAAAAUAAAUGGAUUCAUAAAAUUGCUAUUUAAAUACAGUAUUUACUUUUGCAAUUGGAGCAUGAUUCAACAACCAGCUGUUCCAUUUCAUUUCACUUUUCUAGAUUAGAGUCUUUAAUUUGUAGUCACUUGUGAUGUGGAAAGCUCUCUUCUCACUACUCCAUCCACCUUCUCCAUCUGUUUUUGAACAUGCGAAAGCACUUUGAUCUUGCCGAAAGUGUUGUCCUACACCGCUAGGCUGUGUUCAUUAAUGGGAGGCCUCACCUCAGCUGCUCUCCAAUUGGGAAAAAGCAAGUACCUCCUUCCUGCCAUGAGCGGGAACCAAGUGAAAUUAAUCUUUACAACUUGAAUCUGUUUUCAGUGGCCUGAGCAGUAAGCACAGUGAAGUCUGAAUAAGGAACAGCAUUUACGUUACAUUUUUGCUAAGUAAGAGAGAAGGCUCCUGUGCUAUUUGGAAUGUUUUUUGCUUCUUUCUUUCCCCUGUUGGAGAGUGCAGAUGAGGAUGCUCUUGGAUAAAAUGCAGCCUUGAGUUCUGAGUUCUUUCAGUCAGUAAGCCACUUGGUGGCACACACAAUAGAAAUAGAAACUGGAAUCUUCAUUCUUUUUCUCUCUCCUAUAUUUCACAUCCAUAGAAAGCAAAUUUUAUGAGGGAAAUCUGAGUUCUCAGUUUGGAUGGAUACCUUUAGUAAGAUAGUGGCCUACCUUUACCAGUGUCUGCCUAAGGCAGUAAAACAAAUAGCAUGUAGAAGAGUAUAAGGACUUCUUUGCAAAUUUAGUUGAUAGCCUAAUCAAACUGUCAAGAUAACUGCAAAUGUAGGUUCUGAGCACCAAGUGGCUGAUUGGUGCCCUGUUUUCUGUCUUUUCUUUGUUAGUUUUUAGGGUUUUUAUUUCAUUACAUUUUUAUAUCUCUACGUAACUAAUGAGUUGCAUUUUGAAGGAGAAUUAGAGAAAAUUUAAGUUUUGACUCCACGUAUUCAGCUUGCCUACAUAGGUUCCAAAUUGACAAACUGUAGUCCAUAACUAUUCUUUACAGUUCACAGUUUAAGGACACUUUUCACUUUAUAUACAAAUAGUAAUUGUUAAUUAUAUUUAGUUGUUGCUUUGGCAACAAAACUACAACAUGGCUACCUUUAGAAAUUCUGUGUGUAUGUGCGUGAAAAUUUUACUUGUAAACUCUUUGUGGUUUGUGACAGUAUGAGCAUGUAGAAGAUACAGUGCAAAAUUCAGAAAAGAGAUUUUUGUGAUUGAUUCUCUCUUUUAGAUCCCAAAAUCCUAUGUGAAAGCUGAAUUUGUAUCCUUGUGUGACUUUUUGGUUAAAAAAGUUUACAACAUGUGGAUUCUAGAGUCAGGCUUUAUAGUUUGUAGAACUUGUUGUGUGGAUAGGGUUAUUCUACAGUAUUUAGACUUGAAAACACGGUCAUUGCAUUUAUGAUACAUUAACUGGUCUUUUUUUUCUCAUAACUUUAUUUAUUCAAAAUUAUCUUACAUAAAUAGCAUAGUUCUAGCUGCAGAAGUGGUUUCCUAGAAUGAUAUGCACAUGUAUUUCUAUAUGAAGAUUAAAGCAUAACUCAAGCAUAUUAUGAAAUUAGUUCUUACUUGUAAAACCACACAUAAAGAUACUGUGGAAUGACCCCUUAACAGUGUUUAAGAGACAUAUGCUGCAGUUAACUGAUUGUCUCAGUUAGGGUGCGAAUGUGUGAGACACACCUUUUUUGCACUUAUGUACAUAGUCCAUGAAAACAAUCCUUGCAGCUUUUUUUAAAUAUAAGAAGUCUGUGAUAAUAGUGGGAAAGUUAGUAAGAGAGAGUUGUUUCUAAGGCUUUGAGAAGGAGGGUGUUUUCUAGAAGACUAACCAAAAGCAUGAUGUUGCUUUGCUGGUGUGGAGGCUUUUUAGUCCACUGUAGUACACCAAAAGGGAAGACUGGUACCAGUUAAAGGUCAAGGUCAGCUAAGAGCUCUGAACAAGAGCAGAAGUACUUCACCUUUCAGCAGGACCACUAGCAAAGAUUGUUUUUUAAAUUAAUCCUCACCAAAACCACAUGAACACACACACACCAGUAAUGAUAGUGACAUAUCCUGUAAGAUACAAGGUACAUAUUCCCAUUGUGAUCGAAUCAGAUUUCAUUAUUCACAGCAAAUUAUCAGUUCAUCUAUAUAUCACUUACUAUGUAUUUAAGUGACAAUCAGAUUUCUAAGGUGAACCAGAGAUCCAGAACCACAAACCAAAUUGACAACUAUUGAAAGAUUUCAUUUAAGAAUUAAGUAUGGGCAGCAGUCGAGUCUUUUAUUCCCUGCAGCAAAGGAAAAGAUGCUCCUGGCACAACUUUAUAAAUAGUUUUAUUUGCAUUAUGCCUGUUCAGUGGAAGCUGUUUUCUGACCUACCUUUGCCAGAUUACAAAGUACUGUACUGUGCCACUUCAGCCUCCCACCCCUUGGUUUUGACUAAAUAUAACAGAACCAGCCCAAAUCUUACUUAACACAGGAGCUGGAAGACAAUGUUUCAAUCAGCUGAACUCUGCCAGUGUCAGCUCCCACACCACCUACAGAUAGCCAUUCAACUUCCUGAUGCCCCAAGGCAACGAGGCCUAGAAAAGGUGGGGUUUAGAAGGAUUAAGGGAUGUCUCGUCACUCGGACUUUGAGUCCUUCACAUCUUUGGGCUGUAGCUCUUGCCCUGGAGUAGGAGAUCAUCCUGAGGUUGAAGGAGUUGGUAUUGGGUGAUUGUUACCCAUUUUAAUAGCUCUCACUUCAGAGACAGAAAAAGAAGCCAAAGCCAGAAAGCAAUCCAAGCCUUACAGUUACCCAUUAUCUCAGGGCCAGUUGGCUAGAAAUUUCUGCCCCUCCCAUCCCAAGUCUGUAGUCCUUUAGACUUAGUCAUACGACAACAGCCUGACAAUCUGACCAGCAUUUCCAUUGAUGAUAUUUAACCACUUAUCCAUUUCGUAAGUAGGAGCAACAACUUCAGCCUUAUCCCCAUCAUAAAUUUCCACUUUAACCCAUGUUCCUAUGUUAACAUCACCUUGUGAAUGCAAAAGACAACAAGAAUAUAUUUUCAUAAAAUUAAUAGAGAGAUGAGAGCCCAAGUCAGGAAGAAUUAUCUCUAAGAUUGUAGGAAUGAUGCUAGAAGCAUCACAAAAGCUUUCCAGGGAAUUGUUGGUGAAAUGUGCAUCAGGCCACUGGGGCACACUCUUUGGAGCUUAAGCACAGUGGCUAUAUAUAAAUGGACAAAACAAUUUAGGGAAUGAAAUAUGACAAAUGGCUAUAAAUAAGACCAAAAACUAAACUCCAUUAUUAAGCCCAGGAAAGAAUUUAGUUUAACUAUUUCAUAGACUUCAAACCCCCAACUUGUCCUUGCUUCUAAGAGAAUUACUCAUUAAUACUCAAAAAACCAGGUUAUUCCAAUUCCAGAGAAAUAGAGAAAUUUCAUCUUUAAAUAGAACCCAUCCUCAAUAUCAUAAACCUAAAAGAGAAAGUAUCACUAUGAAAUAAGUGAAAUGAAAUAUGAAAUAAGUCACCACUCUUUGCAAAUACUACAAAAAUCCUUGCUAUUCAUCUUAAAAAUACCUCUGUAACAAGAUAUAAAAUCAACCAAACUUUCAGUCAGCUUUUUUUCUCCCAAAACACAUAGCAUAAAGAUUUAUCUAUCCUAGAAUGCAUGGUUCCGAAGCUUUAUUUUGUAUACAGUGGCUAUUUGUUAGUGAUGGAAACCAAAUUAUUUUGUUGCUAUGUCUUUUGUUUCUAACAGUUGAGAGAAUGAUGUGACCAUGAUAUUGUUGCUGCUUUGAUUAUCAGCAAAUAAGCCAUUUGUCCUCAUUCUCCCAAAUUACAUUUAAAUUAAGAUUUUUUUAAAAAAAAGUAUAAUGCUACGUAUAGAAUUUUUAAGGGCUAACUUUAUGAAUUCAUAUAACAACAAUUCAGAAUAAUGUAGAAAAUGAGAGCACAUAUUUGGGGCCCAAAAAUGGUAACUUAAAAAUACCUAUAAUAAGAACAUGAUUGGGCUUUUGCAAAAUUACUAAUUUAAAUAAUGAUCAGAAUAUUUUAUGAAUAUAAACUGCCUCCAAAAUGCUCAUUCUCUCAACUGCAGAUGCUUUGAUUUUUUUUGCUUUUUUCCAAGUUAUUGUGCUUUAAUGCUUGUUUGUAUUUAGAAGUGUGCAUUAUGCAACUCAUUUUAGUAUGCUACUUACUUCUUUUCUUGUUAUUUUAAUAAAGUAUGUAAACUUC